GCCUCCCUCCAGGCCCACCCGGAAGCCGCCUCACCUUCUCUCAGUGAAAGAGGAGGAAAGAAGGAGCUCUAUCGCCUGAAAUCUAGCCACCAGGGGAUUGCCUGGCAGGAAGGCGUGAUUUUCUUUAGUUUGCUUCUGAUUCCUGGUUUGCAGAGCCCCUGGGUGCCGCCUGCAGCCCUGGGUGCAGUAGCCCCAAAAGGCAAGCAUUCAUCUCUUCUCUGGCUCCAAAAAGAGAUUUGCCCAAAGCAAAACAGUCAACUGGAGUGUCUGCCCAAAGGGACUUGGUCAGCAGGGGUUUCCUGACCUGGGACGUGGCUCUCUCCUUGAUUGCUCACCACCCUGACACCCAAGCCAUGAGGAUCUGGUGGCUCCUGCUUGUCUCUGGAGUCUGCACGGGGAUGGCGAGCUCACAGGACACCUGCAAGCAGGGACACCCUGGCGUCCCCGGGAACCCUGGUCACAAUGGACUGCCUGGGAGAGAUGGACGAGACGGGGCAAAGGGCGACAAGGGGGACGCAGGAGAACCAGGGCGUCCUGGUGGCCCUGGGAAGGACGGGAUGACCGGUGACAAAGGAGAACCAGGGGCAGACGGACAUGUGGAAGCGAAGGGUGUCAAAGGUGACCAGGGCUCGAGAGGACCCCCAGGGAAGCACGGGCCAAAGGGACUCGUGGGCCCCCCAGGGGAGAAAGGCCUCACGGGAGAGACAGGCCCCCAGGGGCAGAAGGGGGAGAAGGGCGACGUGGGGCCCAUGGGUCCAGAAGGGCCUGAGGGCAACACCGGACCUUUGGGCCCAACCGGACUGCCCGGGCCCACGGGCCCCAUCGGAAAGCCAGGUCCCAAGGGAGACGCUGGCCCCCUAGGGCCCCAGGGCGAGCCUGGAGUCCGAGGCCUGAGAGGCUGGAAAGGGGAGCGAGGAGAAAAGGGGAAAAUCGGAGAGAUGCCCGCCUUGCCCAAAAGCGCCUUCACGGUGGGGCUCACAGUGCUGAGCAAGUUCCCUCCGUCAGACACGCCCAUCAAAUUCGACAGGAUCCUGUACAACGAGUUUGGCCACUACGACGUGGCCACGGGCAAGUUCACCUGUCACGUGGCUGGCGUCUAUUACUUCACCUACCACGUCACCGUCUUCUCCAGGAACGUCCAGGUGUCUCUGGUCAAAAACGGGGCCAAAGUCCUGCACACCAAGGACGGUUACACAGGCUCAGAGGACCAGGCCUCAGGCGGCAUCGUCCUGCCCCUGAAGCUCGGGGACGAGGUGUGGCUGCAGGUGACCGGAGGGGAGAGGUUCAACGGCUUGUUCGCUGACGAGGACGACGACACGACAUUCACGGGCUUCCUGCUAUUCAGCAGCUCCUGACGGGUGUGGGGAGGGCAGUCUUCCCCAUCCACCGGGGUUAGCUUGGUGAAGAUGUUAUCUGAUGAUUUUACGCUAUUAACUAUGUUAUCACUGUCAUACCAUAAAAAGGUAAAAAGAGGAACGUUCUCACUAAAACUGAUUCUACAAAACUCAGUAUCCCUCCAAGAGUAAAUCUAAAAACACCUGC